AUGUCUUUGCUCCAGUUGACUGAUCAGGCUGAGAGACGUCUGAAGUUCAAGAUGAAGUUGUACGGAGCUCUAAUCUUCUUUCUGACCGUCUCCGCAGCAUGUGGCUUGUUGUGCUACACAUGCAUCAAUGUUAAACCGGAAUCUUGUACAUCCAUUGAAACUUGUGACAGUGGAAUCAAGAACUGCUUCUCUGUAAAACUACCAAUUGUAAACACAGUCACCAAGGGUUGCAAAAUAUCCGAAUUACCGUGCAAUGGACUGACUACUUGCUGUGAAGGGAACCUGUGCAAUGGAGCCGUACCAACAGGUCCUGGUGUCUUUCUGCUGCUGAUGUCCUCAGGUCUCGUCAUGCUCUUCAUUUGAGGCUCUAAAAGUAAAUUAUGUCAGUUCUUUAUUGUUUAGACUCAGUUUGUAUGACUGAAGAAUUGAAAAUAAUCUAGUUUCAAGCUUUGAAAGUGUCUGAUACAUAGUGAAAUGACAUAGAACUGAAAACAUACAUGUGUCCAAGUGACCUACAUUUUAACGUUUUAUUGUUUUUUCCCCAAAAAUACUUGGUACUCCUGAAUUAGUGCUUCUGUUUCUUUUUUGUGAGUGUGCUCUGAAUACUAAAACCCUGAGCCAGUCAUGGCACAUGACCGUUCACACUGAGUCAGGUUCUCCUGAAGGUUUCUGUCUGUUAAAGGGACAUUUUCCUCUCCACUAGAGUCGCUGAGGGAUUGUUGCAGUCAGUGACACAAUAUAAGCAAUUAAGUGAAUGACUCAAUGCAAUCAACAGGGUUUCCUUAGAAAAACAACUUUUUUGAAACCCAUGAACUUGACUACAUUAUUUGAUAACUGGGGUCAAUUAAAAUAUAAAUGUAUGAUUGGAUUGAAUGGACUUGGGGGACUUUUUGUUGCAGUUCUGUUUUGCUUUUGGGUUUUUUGGUAAAGUGCCUUGAGAUGAUGUAUUGUGAAUUAAUGUUAUAUAAAUAAACUGAAAUAAAAUUCUUUGAAUUAAAGGUUCAAAUUGAAAAAUCUGUAAGUCCAAGUCUGUGAAUAUCUCUGCAAGUGUACAAAAUAUAUCAAUUUCUCAUCUAUUUUGUAUUUUUAGGUCAUUUUAUAUGUAUAUUUUUACCCAAACUUUAUUUGUUUCUUUACAGUCAUGUAAGACAAUUAUAUUCUUAUUAAAUAUGGGAUCCAAUGUGUAGUUUUAUACUUUUACACUUUUGUCUUUCUUUUGGUUUUGUUGUUUUGUUUGUAUUUCCUUCUAAU